AUGGCACAGUUUUUCAAGACUGUCGUCCAAGCUUUUAUCUCCAAAACCACAGCAAUUUUCCCCUUCUUCGUCAAAGCCUAUCGUGGAAUGGGUCGACUAACCUCUGCGAUUGAAAUCCCAGAAGAACGGCGCCGGAGCCACAGAGAUAGCGGCCGCGACCGUGACCGUGGCCGUUACUCUCCGGAAUCCGAUUCUUAUCGUCGUCGCAGCCGUAACCCUAGCCGAAGCCGGAGUCGCAGUCUCAGCGGCAGUAGGAGUCGUAGCCGUAGUCCAGACUACUCAAGGCAGAACAACGAUUUGAAGGAAAAAGAGAAUGAGAAAAAGGAAAGCUCGAAGUUGGAGUCUAAGAGGUCGAGUGAUGAUUCAUCGGAGAGUGAAUCUGUUUCUGAAUCUGAAUCGGAUGGUUCACGAUACAGGAAGUCUAAGAAGAGCAGGAAAUCUGGUUCUAGACGUAGAAGCAAGAGAUCAAGAUCAGUGUCUGAAAGUGAGAGUGAAUCCGCUGAUUCAAGUGAUGAUUCAGAAGCUGAAGCUAGGAGGAGGAGAUUGAAGAGAAGGCGGCACCAAAGGAGUAGUCUGAAGAAGAAAAGUAGAAGUAGAAUGAUGAGUGAUGAGAGUGAAACAGAGUCUUCUGAAGCCAGUGAAUCAUCAGAAGAUCAUGUCAAGUCAAAGAAGAGGAGGUCUUCUUCCUCAAGGUAUAGGUGGAGCAACAAAAGGAGUGGGAGAUUGCUCUGA